AUGCGAGUAAAAGACCCAGCCAAUCAAUCCAGAGAACUUCAAUUUUGCAGGUACUGCGUAUAUGCUGCACGAACGGUUAUGGCAGUUGCCCGUCUAAAACUUCAAAUCCCCAACCCUGAUGGGGAUCUGUUCACGUCAGAGCGUGGCAAGCUAAUUAUUGGACAUUUCCAUCAAAUUCUCGAUCAGUUUAAAUUCAAAUUUGACUUGCCUAUAUCGUUAGACGUGCGGGAGUAUGGCGAACAAGUUAGAAUUGAGAUCUACGAGAUAAAGCCUUGUUCGCGAUCGACAAAGUGGUUGCUUGCGAUUUUCGAGUACUUUGCAAUACUGAAGAACAAGAAACUGAAGAUAUACCCUAGCGUGAUUGUACAUUCGCCGCAGCUCUUUUCUACUAAAAUUAGAUCAUCACAUCAGCGCUCUCUGGGAGCAAUUUAUUUUGGAAAUUUGCAGCGUGGUAUUUUUAUCAAUCAUUGGGAGGUGUCUUUUAAACGAGAGAAUACAAAUAAUCGAAUAUGGGCAGAUUUUCUGUAUGACGAAAAUGAUCUUCUGUGUAUUACUUUUGCGAACCCUGAGGAAGACUAUCCAAGUCUUCCAUCUGGGCAGCAUUCAACAGAGCUUGCCAAUGGGAUAGCUAAUUACAAAUUGCAGGUACGCUUGUCUUCUGUCUCUCGCAUCAUGAUUGAAGGACCGAGUCCGUGUGAUCCUCUCCGGAUUUAUUUCGAGUUGAGAUAUCCGGUGAUUGUACGCAGAAGUUUUCAAGUUAGAGGACAGAGAAACAAGGGAUACACACGAUACCUUGAAAUCCGCCGAGGGAGAACCGCAAACGAUAUUCCUGAUGUGAAGGCUCUCACAGAUAGUCCAGUAUUCAUGAUCGAAUUCUAUCCUUUGCCAAAACUACCUUUAUUCUACGAGAUACUGUCACGACUUCGAAUGAGGACCGGAUUAGGCAUUGAAAUCAGUCAUUUUUCGAUGCGGAACUAUUUGUAUUUCAAAGAUGACUGUCCUUAUGCUCGUUGGGUCCCUUCGAAUUUGGAUAGGAACGCUGCCACGUCUCAAGACGAUGACAUCUUCGAUGAGUUUCUGGAUCGGACCAUCAAAAUGAAGGAUUUGUACGACGCUAACAAAUACGCUGUGAGGCCUGAGUGGGUCACUGAUGUGUUCCGAGAACGCAGAUUCUCCUUGAUAUUUCUCAUAGAGCUAUUAAUUUCUAAGGGGGCAGUUGUAAAGGAUCAGCUGCUGCUGGAUAAAGAAAGCUGGUGUCGCUUUCUGAUGGUCGUCAACGAUUGUUAUUUGAGGGACAGAGAGGUCUGCCUUUCAUCACUAGAACGCAUUGCAACGAUGAUUGACGAACGAGGGAAGCUUGAUUCCAUUCGUUGGGCUCUGCUGAAUGAGUUUGAAGAUGAAUGUCGUCAUGGGUAUACUAUGCAAUUGUCCAAGGAGGAAAUCAAACGUGGUUACCGUAGAGUUCGGAAGAUAGUCGUUACUCCGUCACGAAUCAUCUAUGUUCCGCCUGAGACAUUGAUGCCAAACCGAGUCAUAAGGAAAUACGAUCAUGAUGGCGCCAGAAUUCUGCGUGUGACAUUCAGAGAUGACGAUAAUCAGCCAAUGCGGCCAUCAAAAACUUCAGAGUUAUUGAUCGAAGAAACGUUGCGAAAAGUGUUACGCGAAGGAAUCGUUGUGGCCGGGAGAAACUUCGGCUAUCUUGGAAAUUCGAAUUCCCAAAUGCGUGAUAGAGGGGCGUACUUCAUGGAAAAGUAUUCCCGUCAUCAGUUUUUUGAGUAUUUAAAUAAACAUAAACUAUCACCAGAACCUACUUGGCAGCCGAGGGUUGAUCAAGUGCGAGAGGAACUAGGAGAUUUUUUGAAAAUGGAGAAUGUAUACAAACUGAUGGCCAGACUUGGACAAUGCUUCACGCAGAGCAGAGAGUCUGGGGCAAUCUUCCAAAGGAGUGAAUAUUUUGCCGUCCCUGAUGUCAUCGGAGGCCGCAACAGUUUGAAUGAAAGUUACAAGUUCAGCGACGGUGUGGGGAUGCUCAGCAUGGCCUUCGCAACAGAAAUUGCAAGAGACAUGAUGCUAGGCAAAUGCGUACCGAGUUGCUAUCAGUUCCGAUUCCGUGGGUUCAAAGGAGUCAUGGCGGUAAAUCCAUUUUUGGAUGAAAUUGCUCAGUGGGCAGAUACAAACAAUAUCCGUGAGCCGAAUAUGUUUGGUUGCGAAAGGUGGCUGGUGAAGAUGAUUUUUCGCGAGAGUCAGCAAAAAUUUGUCACAAAACGCAAGGAGAAGGAAGCGAUCGAGAUAGUGAAAUACUCGAGUCCAUCUCCUGUAGCUUUGAACAAGCCAUUCAUAUGUAUUUUGAAUCAGACAUCAAAGCUGCAGUCCCGUGAGAGCCAUGAACGUAUAACCAACAGAAUCGAACAGUUUGCAGAGGAGCAGCUGCGAGGCUUUGCUCGCUCACUUUUAUACGAGAAAGAAUGCAGGAAUAAGCUCAAGGAGCUACCUCAGCGGAUUUGCAUUGAUCGGCUUCCAUUACAUGCCGGUUUUUCUUUGAGUACUGAACCAUUUUUCCGUUCGCUGGUCAGAGCCAUGGCAACAUUUUAUAUAGUUAAACAAAUGCGGAAGCAACAGUUUCCAAUACCAUUCGAUAAAGGAAGAACGAUGCUUGGUGUGAUAGACGACACUGGGCAACUGCAAUAUGGUCAAGUGUUUGUUCAGUAUACCGAGCACAGACAUUUGAAAACUCCACCACCGCAGGCUUCCAAAAAAGUGCUUACUGGGAAAGUAAUGCUGACCAAAAGCCCGUGUAUUGUGCCUGGCGACGUGCGCGUAUUUAAUGCAGUCGAUAUUCCUGACCUUCAUCACCUAUGUGAUGUUGUUGUUUUUCCGCAGCAUGGACCUCGUCCACUUACGGACCAGAUGGCAGGGUCGGAUCUUGAUGGUGAUGAAUUUGCGGUAAUCUGGGACAAGGAACUUAUGCUUGACAGGAAUGAAGAAGCUUUCGACUACACAUCUGAAAAACCAGUGUAUAAACCUGUCAAAAAGGGCACAAUUUCCGAAGACAUGGUGGACGUUUAUGUUAACUACGUAAUGCAUGAUUCAAUUGGCACUAUAGGGAAUGCUUUUCAGUUCCAAGCCGAUCUUUAUGGAAUAACUUCUAAGGUAUGCUUAUCGUUAGCGAAGAAGCACUCGCAGGCGGUAGACUUCUCGAAAACUGGCCGGCCUCCAUCCCGCCUGACGGAGAAUUGGUCAAGUGAUGGCACGCCUCCAGAAAAACCGGAACGGCAGCCUGACUUUCACAUCACAAACGAGAUAGGGAAACCUAUCUAUCACAGUAAAAAUCUUUUGGGAAGCGUUUGUAGAGGGAUCAGAGUUGUUGAUGAUAUCCUUAGAUCGCCAGAAGCAUCAGUAGAUGAUCAGAUAGAGCUGGACAAAUAUAUCACUAUCGAUGGCUGGGAGAAAGACGAGCAGAUAGCCAUGCGUGAACUAAUGCGUUACAAUGGGCUUCUCAGGGGUUUAUUGGAGAAUUACGGAAUAAAAUCAGAAGCAGAAGCAUUUACGGGUUGCAUCACAGAGAUGCGAAAUCGCAUUUCGGAUCGCGAUCAGGAUGACAUGUCUUAUUUUACUACCAAUGAAGUGAUUGAAAAUAGGAUUGCAAAUCUUUUUCGCAAGUUCAGGGAAAACUUUUUUGCCGAGUUUGGUGGUUGGCAAAGUUGCUUGAAGCACGCAACCACUCCGUACGCAAACAACGAUGAUGUUCUUGAUUACUACAUAACCUGUCCAUCUCUGAGCAUGAAGAGAAAAGCUGUCGCAUACUAUCGCACAUGUUACGAUCUCGCUAGAGGUAGCGAAGAGCGGUUGCUUUCGUUCGCAUGGUUGGCCUAUGAUGUGUUAGCUGUCGUAAAGCAACAUAAUAUCAUUUGUGACGAAGAUUACUAUCCGCCAACCUGUCCCGUGUUAGAUGUACUGGAGUCUCGUUUGGAGUUAUUUUAUUUGGAUAAUUUGGAGAAAAUUGAAGCUUUGAUGGGACAACUAAGCGAGACAAAGACACAGCUGUAUCGUUAUCUGAGGUAUUACCCAGGUUUGGAACAAAUAUUUUAUGUAUUGGUUUCGUGGGCACGGUGUAAUCAGCUGUUGAAUGGAUGUAUACAAGCGGAACAUAUGUGUGUGGUACUAGUUCUAUUCGCUACCGGUCGUAUCGCUGGAUCUAUCAGUAUAAUGCCUCCUGUAUUGGAUACGCUGUCAGCAGCCACGAUUGAAGAGGACGAUAUUAUCAAGCCUACCACUGAACAAUACAUCAAUAUGCUUAUUUUAUUUUACGAGUACAUGGCUUCUAGAUAUUUCAAAAAUCUCACGCAGCUGUCAUUCGCGGAGUUGGGUUGUGACUCCGUAUUCUUGCGAGGGCAGUGGCUGCCUGUACAUGAGGCAGCAGCUAACACCUAUUACAAUUUGGUGCUCAAUAUGGACUUUGAGGGUUUAUUUGAUCCUCUGCAAGGUUUUUUAUCGACAAGUGGUUCAUGCCAAGAGUGUGAACCAUUUAUCAUCGAAUUACCCGUUGACUCAUCUCUUGGCGCUUUGGAAGAGCGAAUUAAGAAGAAGACGGGAGUCACUGGUUUAUCCCUCCGAAGAUCUGCUAGUCACUAUUAUAAAACUAGAGUAGCUGUCUGUGCUCGUGGAACAACCUACAGUUUACGCUUGCUCAGGAAGCUUCUUAUUGUUACACCGCCGCAGGCUAUACUUGAUCAUGCCUCGAAAAUCUCGGAACUUCUGCCCACUUUACUCUACAAGAAAAUUAUGGAUUGAUGUACCCAACUUGCUUGUCUCCGGCAUCGUUCAUAUUUUGAGCAAUCCUGCCAAGUUGCGUGCCGCGCGAUUUGGCAAUUUGCCGGCGUGCCUACUAAUCCAUUUCGCGCAAAUUUUCAGUACAUAGAUAUCAGCUCAGGUUAUGUUACAGCCUUUGUAAACUUAUGCAAACAGGUCAAGUAUUGCUUGUAAACAUAUGCAUAAAUUUGCGAGUGAUGCUUCUAGGAGAGUGCAGCGUCGCCAAACAAGUUUUCAGUAUCAAUCCUCAUUUGAGUAUGUUUGCAUUGUUGGUACUUGUUAUCUACAAUCCGUUCUGGCUCAAACUUCCCGGUUCGCUUAGUCUAUAAUUUGAGUAACACAAGUAGUAGCUUUUUUGCAUAGUCAACUUGUACAUAUUGGAUUCAUGUGCAGGCAAAAUCAGGUGGAAACCUAGAUUCCACUUGAUAAAGCCCAUUUUGCAAGCUGCGUUAUUUACCAUUUCAUGAAAUGCCUAAUAUUUCUUUUAUCUUUCGCUACCUAUGUCCCUCAUUUGAAUUCAAUACAGGAGAAAGCCAUAAAUAUAGAAAAACGCUACAGUGUUUUUUGCUGUUCCUUCAUUCGAUCUCCUCUAGUUCAACAUGUUGUCAGAUCGUAUAGUUGUGUAUUAUUGUUGAACUGUUUGUGCUGUACCUGCAAUAAAUACUGUAGUGCG